AUGACUGGGGCCAGUUGGCCGGCGGAUACUGACGGGACCCCAAACGGCCGUCGGCAGCCUGCUCGUCCCUCUCGCAAUUCCAUCCGCGAUUCGGAGCUGAAAGCUCUCGGUCUCAACCCGGAGCUCGUCAGUAUGGACGCUGCGUCGUUUGAAGACGCUUUGCCCUCUGCAAAACGCCGACGAACCUUGCGCAAUUUAGCCAAUGAUGCUCAGCCUGUGCAGGUGAAGGGGGACAGCUCGGUGUCCCCGAAUGCUGGCCCUCCACAAACAACCAGCAAUGGCAAGGUGAAGUCGAAGCCACGGGUCCAGAAGGCUACAAAGCCUCCCAGAGACGACGCGGACCUGGCCGUGUACGAUGAAAUUACCACCCCUCACGGCCACACAGGCGUUGGAGUCAUUCGGUUUCCGAAACGUCGUAAAAGCCUGCCUGACGCCGUCCGUCGUGGCUCGGGGAAGCCCCAGACUAGCACGCUGGACAACCGCAAAUCGAUGCCUCCCAAGGUCGUGGAAUCUUCGGGGAAUCAGCAGCAGCAGCAGCAGCAGGGCUCGAGUCUCAAUAUAAUAGCGAGUCUGCUGACCCCGGCCUCGAGGGCGUCGCGUAACAACCGAAUGGCCUCCACGCCUGCAGACGCAGCCACCACAACAUCGACCCAGGGGGGACGGCGGUCACUGGUGGUGACUCUGCGGACAUCACCACUAUUGUUGCGUAGUGAACCGGGCAGCAAGGCUGUUCGCAAAACAGAUCCAAGCUCACCACAGUCUGGGCUCCAGGGCAAACGCAACACCAAUUCUGAGAAGUCGGUAGCGGGGCAGAUGAAUGGUGUGGGCGAUGCAUCCACUGGCACGAGUUCCCUUGAUUUCUCCCCUCUUGACCUCUUCUCCCACGACUCCCCACCUCAUCCUCCUCAUCCUCCCACCAACAACUCUCCUUCCACGCGUCUUCGUUCUUCUACCCGUUCCAAGAGACUCUCCACACACCCUUCUAGUGAUUAUCAAGACCCCUUUCACCUCUCGAUCUCUACAGACGUCAUGUCCCCCUCUGCAACGAGUACUCCCAAACCUCUCGCAUCUGCUGCCUCAGAUAGCGUGCGGACGAGCCCCAUACACGACUACGAUACGUCUUUCGAUCAUUACUAUUCUGCCACCAGCAUGGGCUUGGACGGACAGGCCGAUUUCCUCGCGUCGUCUCCCGGCAGCCGGACCACCACCUCUACCGGAAAUCGUGCGUCGGGUCGGAUCCGGAAGCCUACUAUAAAGGCCCUUGAGAGCCUGCAGUUCAUGCAGUCCGCUCAGUCUCGCUCUAAGAAACCCAAGACGGCACUUAUUGCCCCAGUUUCCAAGCUAGAGACUACCGUGGUCGGCAAGCUAGGCGGGACGCUCGGUGAUCUGUCUGGGCCCGAGUCCCUCGCGUCUCAUUCGGUUCAGGUGACCGAAGUAUCUGUGCCCGAAUCCGAGUUGAAAGCCCUCGGCAAGCAUCUGUACCAGCUGGUGGCCGACGCCCUGCUAGCCUCUGAUGCCCAGUCGACCCAAGACAGCGAGGAGCUCCGCAGACUACGUGAUGCGUACCAGGCCAAACAGUCCGUCUCUCGCGGCCAGCACGAAUCAAGUAUGCCAAGCUUGGGCAAGCCAUCCUUCCUCGCACCUGUGGACUCUAGAAAGCCUUGGACUGACGGGGACGGCUGGACCCACACAGGUCAUACCAACGAACAUGACGAAGAGAUGGUCGUGGUGCCAGAAAGCUACGAGCUCUUCCGGCCCAGCAAUACCUACGGGGACCAGGGGCUCCCGCAGCCUCCCCUGCGCUUCAAAACGCAACAACAGAUCCAAAGGGACCGCAUCUUUGGGUUCCCCCCGCGCAUCGGGGAGCGGAACCUCCCCCGCAACUCGCAUCUUCCCUUUCUCCAGGAGGACGUCUUCCACGAACGGGAGAAGAUUCGGGCCCGGGAGACGGCGGCCCAGAAAAUGGCCCAGCAGGGUGGUGGUGGUGGUGGUGGUGGUGGGGGGGGGGGGGGUGGUGGUGGUCUCUCGGGUGACACCACGACCCGAAAACGCCGCCGUGAGACAACCACUACGAGCCUGGCCCCCGAGACCACCGAGGGUACACCUCAGUCCAAGCGCCGACGCCAGCAACCCACCCAGCCACCCGUCGAGCUUGACCCCCGACAAGCAGCGUGUGCGAAAUCCCAAGCGGCCGAGUUUGCAGCCAUGAAGAAGACCUAUCGGCUGAAACUCAACCCGCCCAAGGCCCCGGCCGCCACCGCCGUCGAGGAUGCCAAUCAGAAUCAGGCGCCGCCCAAGCCCGUUACAAGUCAAGCGGCUAACAGGGCACACCCGAAGAACCCUGCCACGCCUCGGGCUACUCUGCCGCGCAAGGCAACCAGGUCUGCUACCAAGUAA